ACAAUGGCUCCAUCUUCUGUCACUGUCACAUCCCGUUUUCAUGAAUCCGUCACCCGCAAUGCACUUCGCUCCUAUCUCUCUGAGUUUAUCUCCACUUUCUUCUAUGUCUUUCUUGUCAUUGGCGCUGGAAUGUCCUCACGGAAGUUGAUGCCUGAUGCUUCACUGAACCCAACAAGUCUGGUUGUGGUUGGCAUUGGAAGUGCAUUUGCUUUGUCUUCUGUUCUGUACAUCGCAUGGGACAUCUCCGGUGGACACGUCAAUCCGGCUGUGACCUUUGCAAUGGCAGUUGGAGGCCACAUUAGUGUACCAACCGCUCUCUUUUACUGGGUUGCUCAACUCAUAGCCUCUGUUAUGGCUUGCCUUGUUUUAAGGGUCAUUGUUGUUGGAAUGCAUGUUCCAACAUACACCAUUGCAGAAGAGAUGACAGGGUUUGGAGCAUCGGUGUUAGAGGGUACUCUGACAUUUGUUUUGGUGUACACAGUGUAUGCAGCCAGGGACCCUAGGCGUGGUCCAAUGAGUUCCACUGGCAUACUUGUAGUUGGCUUAAUUGCUGGUGCAAGUGUCUUGGCCUCAGGUCCAUUCUCUGGCGGCUCGAUGAACCCUGCCUGUGCUUUUGGCUCGGCUGCCAUUGCAGGCAGUUUCAGGAACCAAGCUGUGUAUUGGGUUGGACCCUUGAUUGGUGCUACCAUUGCUGGCCUUCUUUAUGACAAUGUGUUGUUCCGUUCUCAACUCACAGAUUCAAUUCAAGGAAUUGGGGUCUAAACUCUGUAGUGUUAUGCAAUAAAUUAAAUUCUAGUGUUUAACAUUUUGUAUUUCUUAAUAGUUUUAUUAUAGUAUAGUGACUCAAGACUUGGUAUGUAACUUAAUCCCAUGUUAUGUGUGUGUUACAAAUGUUGUGGAAAAUCUGACAUUGGCUUGUAUUAGUGUAGGAUAACAUUUUAACCUAUGUGGCACUAUUCAU